GUUGCUGAACAUCUCCGAUCUCUCCCAUCACUGACGUGCUGGGUGAAUUGCGCCCUUUGCCUCCGCUGCCGAGGUAGGCCCUCCACCACUCGUCCCCGAGACUGUGCUGGGCGUGGUCGUUUGAGCUGUGAGCACUGAGUAGUCAUCAGCUCAAGUGGACCAUCGCAGCCGCAUGGCCUGAGCGGUCCCUCUGAUAUUAGGAUGGAGGGCGGUGAUCCGGACGCGCCCACCCAGAAACGUCCCCGUUUGGACUCGGUCAACCCAGUGUAUAACGGCCUUCCCCCCCCUCAACCCGCUCGACACCCCACCGGCCAGGCCUCGUCUCCUCCCCCAUCUGCCCGUCACUACCCAACCCACAGCCUUCCGCCUCCCUCCCAGCCGUACCCACCUCAAGGACAUUACCAAGGCCCUUCACCCUCACCAUCUCUUCCCUCAACCGAUAUUCGCGCCUACUCCGAUCCUAGGAGCAUACCGUCGCCCGGCCAGCGCACCCAUGGCGUUACCGGUCCUCCCGUGACCCUCCCCGCGAGAACCAUUAGCCAGGACAAUAUCGCCACCUACCGUCCUCCUGUGACUCCUCAGUCUACUGCCCCAGACCACCCAAGCUCGCGGUCCACCAGUGGUGAGGCCAAACUUCCUCCUGGCAUGGACCAUGGUGGCCACCAAACACCAUGGCCCGUCAAUCCAGAGCAUCGCCAUAAUGGCAGCAUUCCAAAUGUGCCAAAUGGUCUGCCCAACGGUUAUCCGGUGGUCAGCCCUCAGCAUGAGCAGCCUUAUCAGACCCCUCUCCCGCAGGCCCAACACUUUGCUCAGCCUGUUGCGUAUUCUCAAGGACCGUAUAUGAGCGGCCCAGCCUCACAGUACCAGCAGGCACAUAUGAGGCGGAAGCAGGUUCGAGCUACACAAGCAUGCAAUAACUGCCGUUCGCGCAAACAGAAAUGUGACGAACAGAGGCCGUGCCAAUUUUGCAAAGAUAAUCAGUAUGAGUGCCAGUACAAGGAUGUUCCUCCUCCGAAGCAAGAUAGGACCAUGAUGCAGCUUCAAGACAGUGUGAAUAGCGUCUCCGACAUGCUAAAGACCUUUGUGGAAGGGUUUAAUUCCUGGAAAGAUACCGUUGAAAGCAGACUUCCCCCAGUGAGACCGGGUGAUAACAUGACAAAUACUUCAAACCACCCUUCGCCCGAACAAAUGCAAGGCAUACGAGGUUCUUUCAGCGAACACAGUGGGUCAAGAAUGCCUACUCCAGUACAAGGACGUGCACAUCUCCGCAGAGUCAACAGCAUGAAAAUUGAGUCACCGGUCACCCUAAACUCAAUGACGUCGCCCAUUCCUGCGCAGGGCUCUACCCCGAUCAAACAAGAGUCCAUCUUGGCUGGUCCGCAGGCACCCGCUACCCCCGCUGAGAGCAUAAGGGCUGAUCAUACCAACCUGAGCGGUGAAGACUCGUUGAGACCAGGAGAGAAGGCCGGCCUCCUCGGUGAUCAUACCACUCCUGCUCACCAGGUCCUAGAAGGAUGGCCUUCCAUGCAGACGUUCUGCAAUGAUAUCCCCUACAUGAAAUGGCUUUUGGACAAUGGACACAAAAUUAGCGACUAUCCCAUGGAACUCGAGAAGCGCCGUGGCCUAAUUCGUGUCUGGGGUGUUGGGGAAGGCCAUGACCUGAAUGACGGAGCCCAGGGUCCAGGAAGCCCUGAUAGCAACGAGUCUGAUGCCCCUUCCCCGGCAGCGGCGAGAGAAGGCCUUUGGGGAACGGGCGAAGCCUCUAGCCCUGGUACUGCGAGUGGUAGUACCCCCCGAGAGAUCGACGGAAGCGUUGGCGGACUUGAUUCGCACGGCAACUUAAAGCUUGAUUCAGUGACUCUUUUCGAGCUCCACAAGCUUUACCACGAUUAUAUGCACAAUAUGCACCCUUUUCUAAAUCCCAGCAAGUUGAGGAAGAUGGUGAAGGAAUUCGGCGAGGCUUAUAGUCCCGACUCUAGGAGCGCUCAUGCGUUUUCUCCUGGCUCCGCCAUACCCAGCCACGUUGCUGGCCAGAAGAGAAAACGAUCAUCCUUCGACACAUUCUCGCCAGGAAGGGAGAGGCCAGGCCAAGAUCCAAUUGAGCGAUCUCUUCGAAAUGCGAUCGUACUUCUCGUGUUGGCUUUGGGUAAAGUCUGUCAGUAUCAGCAGCCAUUACCAGCGCCUCAAUGUGAUAAGGGUAUGGACAUACCGGAUCUGUUCAGUCGCGGCUCUCCGCAUUCGUCUGGCGCUAGCUUCAACGUUGAUGACGGGCAGGACAAUCGGCCAAGGAACAUCGAUAUCUUACCGGGAAUGGCGUACUUCAGUUAUGCGACCGAUAUCUUGGGCAACCAGCAAGGUGGAAAUACCGUGGCCCACGCACAAGCCAUGCUUCUGGCUGCGUUAUACUUGGGCCAGUUUGCGCGUGUUAUGGAGAGCUGGAGCUGGAUUAAUAAUGCCUGCAGGGUCUGCCUCAUUCUUAUCAAAGACGAUAUGCCUAGGAUCGACAGGGAAUCUGUACUCAAUCAGGGAAGGGAGCCCCCAUUCCCACCGCAUGAGCAGUACAGGUUGAAUCUAGUCAAAUGCGUGUACUGGACCUGCCUACAACUCGAAAGCGACAUCUUGGCUGAAUUGAGUAACCUCCCACCAAGUGAUAUCUCAAAGUACUCAGGCAAAAUUUCAUAUCCUUCAGGAGUAUAUGAGAAGUUUCCGGAGACCAUAUCGUACAGUGAUAGCUCAGAGCACGAAAGAGUCAUGUGGAUAUAUUCGAGCCAGAUACAUUUGCGCGUCAUUCUUAAUGAGGCACACAAUGGCUUGUAUGGAGCCGACGGGAAACGCAAACGGCUAGACAACAACAAUCUAAAAGAGGUCGCUACCGCCGCUAAAGUCCACUCCGACAUCUUAUUGAGCUGGAGAAAAGUGCUACCCGCUGAGCUCGUGUGGGACGAUAACGAUCCCCCAUCAACCGACCUCAACAUCGCCAGGCUGCGCGCGAAGUUCUACGGAGGGCACUACAUGAUCCUAAGGCACUUUCUGUACAUGGCUACUCACGAGAUUGAGCUUCCACCCGGCCCACCCAUGUCUCAGACGUCUGCCUGGUCAUCACAACACAGUUCUCCAGCAGCCGUCAUAGACCACAGGGCUACGCCAACAACCAUGCACAGAACACUGAUGGAUUUCACCCAUGACCAAAGCGAGAUUCUCGAUGCAGCGUUCCAAUGCAUACGGAGCGCGAUUCAGAGUACUAUUGCUUUCGACCGUGUCGGGGCUCUUCCCGAGGAGCCAUACGAGAGGUAUAAGGAUACUGCAAAACACAGGCUCAUUUUGACAAACAUAUUUGGUACUUUGCACGCACAAUUUGGGAACAUGAUUGUCCUCGCUGCGGUUUUCAAAUCUCGUCUGCGAUACCAUCUGCCCAACGACAAUCCGAAAGACCAUAAUCUCACCAAGUCGACAUUGUCGAAGCUUUUAAACCGAACAAUCAAAGUCUUAGGCACCGUCGCACCUAACUCUCCAGUAUUGAAGAUGGAUGCCCAGAUAUUGCAAAAUAUCCAGAGGUUGCUCAACCUAGAAAACACAGACCUAAAUUAAAAGGCCGGGCAUGACACAGCAGACAACAGAACUCUUAAACCCUCUCAGGAACGGCUCCUUUUCUCCAGCUUUACCCUUUGUAAUUCGUUGGAUAUACCCCUGAAGCAGCGUUUACUUGCUUCACGCUAUUUUACU